AUGGAUAGCACAGCAAAAACAGACUCAUACUGGAUUGAGACUGAAGACUGGCACACGGCCGGUGAGCCCUUUCGUAUAGUCGACAAAUCACCGGCUGGAUAUCUUCCAAACUCGCCCACAGUCGCUCAAAGACGACUCGAGAUCACGACGGCUGCAGACCACCCUCUGAAUGAGCUUCGUCGGCUGCUAUGCCAUGAGCCUCGCGGCCAUGCCGACAUGUAUGGCGGCUUUAUUUCACCCCCAGACGACGCUGGUGCCCAUUUUGGGGUUCUAUUCUGGCAUAAAGACGGGUUCUCUACUGCAUGUGGUCACGGUACUAUUGCCCUUGGCUACUGGGCUGUCGCUCACGGUUUCGUCAACGUUAUUAAGCCCGACGGAACACUCGAUGUAGUAAUCGACGUGCCUUCGGGUCGUGUAGUGGCACGUAUGGGCAUAAAGAAUGGGAAACCAGUACAUGCCGACUUUAUCAAUGUGACCAGCUAUCAAUUGGCAAAGUCGCUACCUCUAACCGUCCCUUCGUGUGGCCUUGACAUAAACGUGGAUUUGUCUUUUGGUGGCGCGGUUUAUGUCACACUGGAUGUAGCACAGCUUGGGAUAGAGGUUGAGCCCAAGAAUGCUGAUCGCUUCAUUCAGCUCGGUCGAGAGAUCAAGGCUUUGCUCGGCACCAGAGCUCACUACGGCCCGUACGACUGCUAUGGAGUCAUCUUCUUCAGUGAAGGGGACAGUCAGGACGACAGAGAUGUUGUCCAGCAAAGAAGCGUCACCGUCUUCGCAGAUGGACAGAUUGACCGUUCACCAUGUGGCUCCGGAACCUGCGCGAGGUUAGCCAUUUUGUUGGCACAAGGCAAACUGAAACCCGGAUCUUCAAAGCUUUUACACAGCUCCAUAAUCGGCUCAAAGUUCGAGGCAGAUAUUUUGUCUGCGGCACAAAGUCCGGUGGAUGGAUUCCCAGCCUGUAUUCCACGUGUUAGGGGUCGGGCGAGUCUGGUUGGGCGGAUGAAGUUUUUCAUCGACCCAGACGAUGAAACCUACCCUGGCUUCCUGUUACGGUGA